GUCGGCAGGAUGGUUUUUUAUUUAUUCUUUUUAUCACGUUUCGCCAUCGCUGUAUGGGACUCAUCUACCUCAGCAGUUUAGGGCAGAGGUUUCUCAUGUCUAAAGUGCCAAAUGCUGCUCAGUAUCAGACAUACCAUGGCAUAUAUUUACCAGAUCAACAAGGGUACUCCUCUUCACAUGCAAAGAGUCACACCGUCCAGAACCAACCGGCCAUUUGCAAAUUCUAGAUACGAAAACGAAACGAACAUGCAAACCCGACAGAUCCACAACCUGGCCAGGUCUAAUAAGCUGCCCUUGCUCCCAACCCUUGUCAACCUACAGCCGCCCUAUGAAAGACACGGCGACACGAUUUAUCGUUUAUCUAUUAGAGGACCAGAACAUGCAACAACUAACAUGCUUGAUGAGACCUUUACAAGUAUGGUUUAUCCAUAUAUUAACUCUUGUGUUAGUUCGUCUAAGCGGGACAGUAGCUGAGAUCAUCUUAUUCCAUGCAUAAGUACAGAUAUAAGCGCUUUGUGUAAGUGGAAUACUCAAUUCUAUCAACAUUAACCACUAUGAUGAUUCCUUCUUCACAAUAUGUCGGCAGUUGAAUGGCUGAUAUUGAUUUUUCGGGUUCUUCACAUGAAACUUUUUAGCAUCGACAAACCAUAGCAGCCUUUCCAUGUACCAAUAACCUCACAGCUUGAUGAACUACCUUACCUACGCGAGAGGGGGGUGUUUUUGGACAUCAGUUAGUAGACAGAAAAGGACUAUCACGGUUAUUUUUAAUCAAUAAUAUCAUGUCAGCCUA